GGGGACCGGAAGUGGCUCUGGGCGGAUGAGGAAAGCUGGUAGCCGCGCGGUCCUCGGCAACUGCGGGACGCGGCGGGGGGGCAGGGCGGGCGAUUUCCCUGGGUGAGAGGGGGAGAAAGCUCGAAGCCCCCCCAAACUACAGUUCCACGCAUGCGUACUGCAGACGGCUGGGAGCCAGGAAAGCGGAGAGUGCGGCAGCGUUUGCGGAAAGAGGACUGUCACUUCCUGGAAGAGGCGGGGCCGCGUGGGAGAAGGCGCCGAAUUCAAAGUGCUUCCAGGAGCUUUCCGGGUCUGGGUGCUAAGCCCUAAACGUUAAUCUUUGCUCGGGAAAGGAAAGAGCAAGUUUUUCCUUUUCUUUCUUUCUUUUUAUUUUUAAGAAGAGAAAGUUUAGAAAUUUGGAGGCAGCAAUAAUUAAGAUUCAGGCCAAACUGGCAAAUGACGGAAGGGCGUCUUUCAAAACCCAGGAGAAAGGGUUGUCCGGGUAGCAGAUAAUCACCAGGAUGGGAGUGAAUGACUUGUGGCAAGUUUUGGAGCCAGUUAAACAACACAUCCACUUGAACAGUCUUGCUGGGAAAACUAUUGCGGUUGAUCUGAGUCUCUGGGUAUGUGAAGCACAGACAGUCAAAAAAAUGAUUGGAACAGUCAUGAAGCCCCACCUCAGAAACUUAUUUUUUCGUAUCUCAUGUUUAACACUAAUGGAUGUGAAACUGGUGUUUGUCAUGGAAGGGGAACCCCCAAAGCUGAAAGCUGAUGUCAUAAAUAAGAGGAAUCAGAUUCGGUAUGGGCCUUCUGGAAAAACAUGGUCUCACAAAACAGGAAGAUCACAUUUUAAAUCAGUCUUAAAGGAGUGUCUUGAUAUGCUGGAAUGCCUAGGAAUUCCCUGGGUCCAAGCUGCUGGGGAAGCUGAAGCUAUGUGUGCUUACCUCAAUGCCAAUGGUUGUGUAGAUGGCUGCCUCACCAAUGAUGGGGACGCUUUCCUUUAUGGGGCCCAGACUGUUUAUAGGAAUUUCACUAUGAAUACCAAGGACCCACACGUUGACUGUUAUACAAUGUCGUCUAUCAAGAAUAUACUAGGUUUGGAUAGAGAUUCUCUGGUUGGCCUAGCAAUACUACUUGGCUGUGAUUAUCUUCCGAAGGGAGUCCCUGGAGUUGGAAAAGAGCAAGCUUUAAAACUUAUAAAGACUUUGAAGGGGCAAAGUUUACUUCAGAGGUUUAAUCAGUGGAUUGAGGAAUCUUAUUCUUCUAAUUCACAACCAUUAGUUGUUAACAAAUUGGCUCAUUGCUCUGUGUGCUCCCAUCCAGGUUCACCUAGGGAUCAUGAACGUCACGGAUGUAAAUUAUGUAAGACUGAUCGAUUCUGUGAACCGCAUGAUUAUGAAUAUUCCUGUCCCUGCGAGUGGCACCAAACAGAAUGUGGCAGGCAACUAAAUGCAGUAGAGAACAGUAUUAAGAAAAAAGCUUGCAGUUGUGAGGGAUUCCCAUUCCAUGAGGUUAUCCAAGAAUUCCUCUUGAGCAAGGAUAAAUUGGUGAAGGAAAUCAGGUACCGAAGACCUGAUUUAUUAUUGUUUCAGAGAUUUACUCUUGAAAAAAUGGAGUGGCCCAAUCACUAUGCGUGUGAGAAAUUGUUGGUGUUAUUGACCCACUAUGACAUGACAGAAAGGAAGCUUGGUAGAAGGAACUCUAAUCAACUACAGCCAAUUAGAAUUGUUAAAACCCGAAUCAGAAAUGGAGUUCGUUGCUUUGAAAUAGAAUGGGAAAAGCCUGAACAUUAUACUACAGAAGAUGAAUAUGGAGAACUGGUUCUACAAACAAUAGAGGAAGAAUCACUGUUUGAAGCAGCUUAUCCUGAGAUUGUUGCUAUUUACCAAAAACAAAAAUCAGAAAUUAAAGGCAAGAAACAAAAAAGCAUGAAAGUUAAGUCUAAAGGGAACAGUUUGCCAGAAUCAGAUGAUAUUAUGAGCUUUCAGUCACACAUGACUUUAAAACCUACAUGUGAAAACUUUUCUAAGCAGGAUUCCAAAUUAGAUUUGGAAACAUCCCCUGAUUCCGCAUUACCCCAGAAAUCUAUUUCUGCAUCAUUGAGUGCUUUGCUUUUACCUGAAGAUGCCCGCUGUUUGAAUACACAAGAACAGUUAAUAUCUUCUCCAAGACCUUUGGCUAGGCAGCAGAUUAAAGCUGUCAGUAAGUCUCUAAUUGCAGAAUCUAGUCAACCAAGUACCUCAACCCAUAAUAUAUCCGCAAUUGCUGAUCUGCACUUGAGCACCAUUGACUGGGAAGGUACUUCUUUUAGUAAUUCUCCAGCUAUCUCCAGGAGCGCUUUCUCUCAUGGUUUGAAAUCGGAACCUGAAACAGCUAUCCCGGAUAGCUUUAAAAAUAUCCCAGAGCAAUUGUCGUAUGAAUCAGAAUGGUGCACCACAAACGUUAAUAAACUAUUGGAUCAGGAUCUUCAAAAGACUGUUCCUGAAGAGCACCUGCUUUCUGGUAUUACUGAUUUACAUCUUCAGGAUUUGCCUUUAAAGGAACGAAUACAUAUGAAAUCAUCAUAUCCGCAGAAUGUUGAACAGCCAGAUGUUGACAAGAAAACUUUGUCCCUACUUACUGUAAAAGAACACUGUAUUGCUGAUAGUAGUUCUAAGUGUCCAUCACAUCUUUCAAAGGAUCUUCUAGGAAUUUGUUUGCAAAGUGAAACUGGAAACUGGAAAGUUCUCAAAGGAGACCAGCUGUUUCAAGAAAACUCUAAAGCAAAUACUUCUACACUUUAUUCUGUCAGUAAUCCAAUAGUAAAGACCUCCAGUGUUAGAACAGGAGCACCCAAUACUGCUUCAGAUCAUAAUAGAAAAGCUAAUGUGCACACUGCUCAGAAAAUUGUAAUGAAGAAGAGUGUUUGCCUUGACAGACCGUCCUCUGAUGAAGAAAGUGUCCCAGUGUUUGGGAAUGCUAAGUCCACAACUCAAAAAAUAAAGCAGAGUUCUCAGAAGCAUAGCCCAGCCCAAUUCAAGAAAAAUGACACCAACAAAUCAAGUAACCCUAAGACACGUAUUAAAGAGACUGAACAGGGUAUUCAGGCUUACAAAACACCUGGAAAUGAAGAAAACUGUUGCUCAUCCAAAGGUUCUCUGAGUCUUCUACAAUGUCAAAAGGAAAAAGAAGACUCUGCUACUUAUUUGGAUAGUCCUCUUCCCUUAAGUCAGAGAUUAAAACUAAGGUUCCAAAACACUUGAGAAUUUAAAAUAGGUAUGACUUAGUAUUCUAGUACUGUCAGCGUUAGCAGAAGUGGAGGGAAGGUAUAUAGCUAAUGUAUAGUAGAAAAAUUUAAUAUAGUUGUGUACGUUGUGAAACACUUGCCAUUUUAAUUAAAAAAAUUACCUAAA